AAAUUCCCACCAAUCCCCGUUAUGUGGGCGGAACCUUCUCGUGACCAUAGCUCCCAGUGAUUUGCUCGUAUGGUCUGCCGUGAAAUUAGCCGGUAUGAAUAUACCAUUAGAAAUAAAAUGCUAUUCGUAGCUAAGUUAUUCUUAUAGUAUUCUGUUUAAACGUAUAACUUAGUUUACAAGGAUAUCUUGACAAAACAUGGAAAAGCCACGGAAUGAAUUGAAAUCUAAUCCCUCGGCAACUGCUAAUCUUCUUUCCAAGAUUUUCUUCUGCUGGCUCAACCCUCUAUUCCGCGUUGGAUAUGCUCGAAGGCUGGAGGAGGAUGACAUGUACCAGUUGCUACCUGAGGAUGGGUCUGAAUGGCUGGGGGAAGAGUUACAGAAGCUGUGGGACAAAGAGGUUCAACAGGCUGCAAAAGACUUUCGUUCUCCCAAUCUCAGUAAAGUUCUCAUACAGUGCUACUGGAGAUCCUACGCUGUUUUCGGAGUUUACACUUUCGUAGAGGAGGUGAUCAAAGUGAUACAACCUGUGCUACUAGGCAAACUGAUCCAGUAUUUUGAGGGGUACAAUCCAGAUGACAUGGCUGCCCUGUAUGAGGCAUAUGGUUAUGCAGCAGGCAUAUCCAUCACCACCUUAGGCUUGGCUGUUCUUCACCAUCUUUACUUCUAUCACGUGCAGAGAGCUGGCAUGAAGAUCCGUGUGGCCAUGUGUCACAUGAUCUAUCGGAAGGCUCUUUGCCUCAACAGCACAGCAAUGGGACAAACCACCACUGGGCAAAUUGUAAACCUCUUGUCAAAUGAUGUCAACAAGUUUGAUGAGGUUACCAUUUUCUUGCACUAUUUGUGGGUUGGACCCUUGCAAGCAGCAGCAGUUACAGCAUUGCUAUGGCGAGAGAUGGGACCAUCAUGCCUUGCAGGAAUGGCUGUUCUGGUUCUUCUGAUGCCAGUGCAAACCUUAUUUGGACAACUAUUCUCAACUUUCAGGGGAAAAACAGCGUCGCACACUGACAGCAGAAUUCGCAUAAUGAACGAGGUGGUAUCAGGAAUCAGGAUCAUUAAGAUGUAUGCCUGGGAGAAGCCUUUUGCAGCCCUGGUCAGUGAGGUUAGAAGGAAAGAAAUCUCCAACAUCAUGAGCAGUUCGUACCUUCGUGGGCUCAAUAUGGCCGCCUUCUUUGUGGCAAGCAAGAUCAUUUUGUUCAUCACCUUCACCGUCUUCGUGUUGGUUGGGAACGAGAUCACAGCAAGCAGUGUGUUUGUGGCCAUGUCCCUGUUUGGGGCAGUGAGGCUCACCGUCACCCUCUUCUUCCCCUCAGCCAUAGAGAAGGUGGCCGAGGCCCGCAUCAGUGUCAGGAGGAUCAAGAAGUUCCUCCUCUUGGAAGAAAUUGGAUACCAGAAUCUCUGCCUGUCAGUGACUGAUCAAUCACAGUGCAUGGUUGAGAUUCAAGAUUUAAUUUGCUACUGGGACAAGACACUGGAUGCGCCGACCCUCCAGAACCUCUCUUUCUCCGUGAAGUCGGAGCAGCUUCUGGCCGUCAUUGGGCCUGUAGGAGCAGGAAAGUCCUCUCUGCUGAGCACCAUUUUAGGAGAGCUCCCCCCGGACAGAGGGGUUAUCAAGGUGAAAGGGGAGCUCACGUAUGCCUCCCAGCAGCCCUGGAUUUUUCCCGGAACCAUCCGGAGUAACAUCCUAUUCGGCAAGGACCUCAACCCUCAGAAGUAUGAAAGAGUCCUCCGCGCCUGUGCUCUUAAGAGAGACAUGGAGCUACUGCCAGAUGGUGACCUGGAAGUGAUUGGUGACCGAGGGGCCAACUUGAGUGGAGGUCAGAAGGCCCGUGUCAACCUUGCCAGGGCCGUCUAUCAGGACGCUGAUAUCUACCUGCUGGAUGAUCCGCUCAGUGCUGUGGACGCAGAGGUGGGGAGGCAUCUGUUUGAACAGUGCAUUUGCGGCUUGCUCAGGAAGAAGCCUCGCAUCCUGGUCACCCACCAGCUGCAGUACCUGAAGUCAGCUGACCAGAUCCUGGUGCUGAAGGAGGGUCACAUGGUCGCCCGUGGCACCUACUCCGAGCUGCUGAGCUCCGGUCUGGACUUCACCUCGCUCUUGAGGAGGGAGGAGGAGGAUGAGCCUACGAGUCCUGAGCCCGGCCAUGGACCCCUGGGCCCCUCCUCCAGUCGCACCGUCUCCCAGAGUUCCAUGCUCUCUCACGGCUCCUCCCUGCUGUCAGUGAUGGACGCUGCUGAGCAGUGCGCGGUUGAGCCCACAGUGGGAGAGGAGAGUCGCUCCGAAGGGACCGUAGCCCUUGGCCUGUAUGUGAAGUACUACAGGGCAGGGGCCAAUGUGUUUAUGCUUUUGGUGCUUGUCCUGCUCAAUCUCCUAGCCCAUAUUACAUAUAUCCUUCAAGAUUGGUGGCUGGCAUAUUGGGCCUCUGAGCAGAAGCAUCUCAAUGUCACGCAGCACGUCCUCAAUGGCCACAAUGCCACGCGGCAGCUGGACCUUGACCUCUACUUGGGUGUUUACGCAGGUUUGACAGGUGCCGCCGUGCUGUUUGGUUUCCUGCGGAGCAUGGUGUUCUUCAAGGUCCUGGUGAGGGCGGCACAGACGCUGCACAACCGCAUGUUCACCAGCAUCCUGCGCACCCCCGUGCUCUUCUUUGAUGUCAACCCUAUUGGAAGAGUUCUCAACCGGUUCUCUAAGGACAUCGGCCAUCUGGACUCCCUCCUUCCGUGGACGUUUGUGGAUUUCAUCCAGGUAUUUCUGCAGAUUGUCGGUGUAAUCAUUGUUGCCGGUGUCAUCAUUCCCUGGAUCCUCAUUCCCAUAAUUCCCCUGCUCGCCGUCUUCCUGUAUCUGCGGCGCUACUUCCUGCGCACAUCGCGAGACAUCAAGCGCCUGGAGUCCACAACACGCAGUCCAGUCUUCUCCCACCUCUCGUCCUCCUUGCAAGGACUGUGGACCAUUCGUGCCUUCAAAGCCCAGGAGAGGUUCCAGCAGAUGUUUGAUGCACAUCAGGACCUGCACUCUGAGUCCUGGUUUUUAUUCCUGACCACCUCCCGCUGGUUCGCCGUGCGUCUGGAUGGCCUCUGCUCGAUAUUCGUCACCAUCACCGCCUUCGGAUGCCUCUUCCUCAGACACGACCUGGAGGCGGGAGGCGUGGGCCUGGCGCUGUCCUACGCCAUCACUCUGGUCGGGAUGUUCCAGUGGGGAGUGCGACAGAGCGCAGAGGUAGAGAAUAUGAUGACUUCAGUGGAGAGGGUUGUAGAGUACACGGAGCUGGAGAGUGAGGCACCCUGGGAAACCCAGAAGAGGCCUCCGCCUGACUGGCCUCGGCAGGGCUGCAUCACCUUCGAGCAGAUGAACUUCUCCUACAGCAGGGACGGGCCCCUCGUGCUGAAGAACAUCACCGCCACCAUCAGGCCCAACGAGAAGGUGGGCAUUGUGGGCAGGACGGGCGCGGGGAAGAGCUCUCUCAUCUCGGCCCUCUUUCGCCUGGCAGAACCGCAGGGCAAGAUCUCCGUCGAUGGCAUUCUGACCUCCGAGAUCGGCCUUCACACCCUGCGCCAGAAAAUGUCCAUAAUCCCACAGGACCCGGUCCUCUUCACGGGCUCCAUGAGGAAGAAUCUGGACCCUUUCAACCAGCACACAGACGAAGACCUGUGGAAUGCCCUCCAAGAGGUGCAGCUGAGGGGGGUGGUGGAGGAGAUGCCGGGCCGGAUGGAGACGAUGCUGGCUGAGGCCGGGACCAACUUCAGCGUGGGCCAGAGGCAGCUGGUGUGUCUGGCCAGAGCCAUCCUCCGGACGAACCGCAUCCUCAUCAUCGACGAGGCCACGGCCAACGUUGACCCCAGGACCGAUGAGCUGAUCCAGAAAACCAUCCGGGACAAGUUUAAGGAGUGCACUGUGCUCACUAUUGCUCAUCGCCUCAACACCAUCAUCGACUGCGACCGCAUACUGGUUCUGGAUGCAGGAAGGAUCCACGAGUACGACGAGCCCUAUGUGCUGCUGCAGGACCGCGAGGGCAUUUUCUACAAGAUGGUUCAGCAGACGGGCAAGACGGAGGCCGCCGCCCUGCUCCACUCUGCCAAGCAGUCUUUCAUGAACAGGAGUGCCACGUGUAUGGUGAAUGGACUUCUGAAGGCGGGCAAGCGGGAGGGCAGUUGCGUCCUGUUUGAGACGGCGCUGUAGAGCAGCAGACACUGGGCCACCCCGUCCCAGUCUCCACGUCCACCACCCUGGGAGGAGGACCCAGAGGACGUCCGUGUGUCUCCUGUGUGACACACGAACACACACACACCUGUCUCCUCCUAGUGAUUGAGGUAUAGCGCAGUCCCUGCUUAGAUGACCACGGUGGCAUGGGUAUGUUCAGCUCAGGUCAGGCCCCAUGCUGUAGGCAAUGGUAGUCCCAGAUUUUAAAUGACUUAAAAUAAUAUGCAGCAUGCUAAAACACUGUUGAAAAUCACUGGAGCAAGUGCCUGAAAGCCACCCUCUGUGCCAGAUCUGUUCGGUGUAGGUUUUCUCUUUUAGUUCUGAGGUAUGACCUGUUCCAGUCUUCUCUUCAGAAGUUGUUUCUGUUUCUGUGUCUGUCUGUUGACCAGGUGGCAACGACUGUGAUCACAAGUGCCACUGUGUUUCAUUGCUCUGAAUAAACACAGAUCAGAUCAGAUUACAAUCAUAUUCAGACAGCUAGACACCAGCGAGUGUAUGUUAUACCAGGAAUGUAUUAAGCUCAGAGCCCUUCUCUCUCUGUAACACAUGAGAGGAGAGUACAUUGUCCAGACAAGCAGGCGGAACUAGUUGUUGCGAAGAACAUUGUGCCUUGACCUUCUGGCGAAUUGCACGUUUAUUUAUUCUCUCACAAUGACCAAAGUAGUCAUUAGACUUAAGUACUGUAAACAGCUGUUCUGACUUACUACCUCUAUUUGCAGAGAAGGACUGAGCUACUCAGGGGGACGCAUGUCAAUCAUGUAGAUGGAUGCUGUACUCGGUACUCCGUAACAGGUCUCCUGUCAGUCAUGUAGAUGGAUGCUGUACUCGGUACUCCGUAACAGGUCUCCUGUCAGUCAUGUAGAUGGAUGCUGUACUCGGUACUCCGUAACAGGUCUCAUGUCAGUCAUGUAGAUGGAUGCUGUAUUCAGUAACAGGUCUCAUGUCAGUCAUGUAGACGGAUGCUGUACUCGGUAACAGGUCUCCUGUCAGUCAUGUAGAUGGAUGCUGUACUCUGUAACAGGUCUCCUGUCAGUCAUGUAGAUGGAUGCUGUACUCUGUAACAGGUCUCCUGUCAGUCAUGUAGAUGGAUGCUGUACUCGUUACUCAGUAACAGGUCUCAUGUCAGUCAUGUAGACGGAU